GCCAUUUCUAGCCCUGUUACCACGCAACGGCACUCAGCUUCACGGCCAGUUCGAAUCGCCACUGGGCCUGGACGAGUUUCAGGUACAUUGCCUUUUGCUUCUCCCGGGACUAGUAGCUCUCAAGCUGCCAUUGUUACCAACGACAAUGGUAUGAGUACUUUACACGCGAACUCGGUUGCACCCUUGUCUAGGGCCUACGUCACUGACCGAUCUGCACUGAGGGUGCAAGUCGGCUCAAAUACGCCGCGUUCCGUGACUGGAGGAGGCAUCAAAAGCAUCAAUUGUAAUGCUCAGCGCUCCUAUUCUCUGUUCCCUAUUUCUCAUGAGUCCUCAACCGGAAUCCUGUCUCAGAGUCAGACCUCUCCUCGUCCCUUUCAGGGAGCCGACCUCUCUUCUUCAGCCGGUGUGAACGAUCUCCUGAGGCCGGCUGGAUCUAGCAUAGCCAGGCGCAUAUCCUGCCGUCCGGGCUGGCUGAGUUGCCGAGCGACUUGGGGUGUGGGUCGCUCUCCUGGCUGGCUCGCCCAAAUCAGGAACGCGGCUUUGGUGACCUGGCCAAACUAG